CUCCAUGUAAACAGGCCCAAAGACGGACGGAAGUCUGAGAGAGUUUUUUUGUGUAUUUUAGGAGUACCGGUAACUGGAACCACAUGGAACAAAUAUGAUGACAUUACAACCACAUUGAAACCUGAUACUUGCAAUUUGCAUACGGUUACACAGUCGAACAAUUGCAGCAUUUGUGUUCUUGUUGCCAAUCGGCGAGCUCGUUAUCAUUACCAACUAUUUGAAAUGGCUGAAACUCGAAUUAAUGCAGUGGAUGUUGUGGUGAUUGUCGUGUAUUUCUUGGUUGUUAUAGCGGUGGGGUUGUGGGCUAUGUACAAGUCAAACCGUGGUACAGUAACUGGUUAUUUUUUAGCUGGACGUUUUAUGACUUUUAUACCGGUUGGUGCAUCUUUGUUCGCCAGUAACAUUGGCAGUGAACAUUUCAUUGGUCUCGCUGGCUCAGGUGCUGCUGGGGGAAUUGGUGUUGGUGCAUUCGAAUUUAAUGCAUUAAUUUUAUUACAAGUUUUAGGAUGGAUUUUUUUACCUGUAUAUAUGGCAAGCGGGAUCAGUACAAUGCCUGAGUAUAUUCAACGUCGUUUUGGUGGACAACGGCUUCGUGUUUAUUUGGCUUGUCUAUCCUUGCUGCUCUAUAUUUUUACCAAGAUUUCUGUGAACAUGUUUUCAGCCUCGCUUUUUAUCAAUCAAGCAUUGGGAUGGAAUAUUUACUUUGGUAUUUUACUUCAACUCGCCCUGACAUCGUUAUGUACUGCCUUAGGCGGCCUAACUGCAGUUAUAUAUACAGACACUUUGUCUGCUUUUGUUAUGGUUCUUGGCGCAAUGGUUGUUGCUAUAAAAGCAUUCAUCGAAGUUGGUGGUUACAGUGGGUUGCAAGACAAGUACAUGAAUGCCAUUCCAAACAGUUCAAUUCCUAAUACAACAUGUGGUCUUCCUAGAGAAGACUCGUUUGUUUUACUACGAAAUGCAGUAGAUAGUGAUAUGCCUUGGCCUGGUUUUGUUCUUGGUGUUACUGCCAACUCAAUAUGGUAUUGGUGCGCUGAUCAGGUGAUUGUACAACGAGCUCUCGCUGCUAAAAAUCUUUCUCACGGCAAAGCCGCGUGUUUGAUGGCAGGAUAUAUCAAAAUAUUACCCAUGUUUUUGUUGGUUAUGCCCGGUAUGAUAAGUCGUGUUUUAUACACAGAUGAAGUGGCUUGUGUUGGUGCAGCGUGUGAAGAAGUGUGUGGUUCGACGGUCGCCUGUUCGAAUAUCGCAUAUCCUCGCCUGGUUCUUGGGAUUAUGCCGGCGGGUCUUCGUGGUGCAAUGUUUGCUGUCAUGAUGGCUGCGUUGAUGAGCGACCUUACCUCAAUAUUUAACAGCUCAAGUACAAUAUUCACCAUCGAUAUUUAUAGCCGAAUGCGGAAAAAACCGAGCACUCGUGAGUUGAUGAUUGUUGGACGUAUUUGGGUGGUGGUCAUGUGUGGUGUGAGUAUUUUAUGGAUACCUGUGGUGGAACGGUUUCAAGGUGGACAAAUGUUCCUAUACAUCCAAGCUAUCUCCUCGUACCUCGCUCCACCUAUAUGUGCCCUCUAUCUUCUGGCUAUAUUGUGGAAACGUAUCAACGAAUUUGGCGCCUUCUACGGUAUGAUGAUAGGUUUUGUGCUUGGCAUAUCCCGAAUGAUAUGCGAUUUUGCUUACCCGCAACCAGACUGCGGCGAGACUGACACAAGGCCUGGUUUUGUCACAUUAAACUUUAUGUACUUUGCUCUCAUCGUCUUUGUCGUUACUACCGUAUGUAUUAUCGUGCUCUCUUUCUUUGGCGAGGAACCUGAACUCGAGAAGGUGUCUCGUCUCACAUUUUGGACUCGUUUUGAUCCUCAAGAUGAAUCAAGUGUAUUGCCCAACCUUCAGAAAGCUGAGAGCUUGGAGUUGUCUGGUAAGGAUGAGCAAAAACCAGAGGAAAAUGAAAAGGAUAAAAUAAAGAUUGAAGAAGUCGAUAUAGUGGAAGAUGAUGACAGUAUGUGUAGAAAAACGUAUAAAUGGUUGUGUGGUCUAGAAGCUGGCCAUGAAGAUGCUGUGAAAGCUGAACGGCAGCAGGAAGAAAGAAUAAAGAAAUUAAGCAGCCUGAAACAAGAUCCUCGUACAAGUCUCAUCUUGAAUAUCAAUCUUGGAAUCAUUUUCUCAGUUGGCCUGUUUUUAUACCUGUACUUUACAUUUCAUCACGCAUAGAAGGAAUUCAGCAUGCUUAACGUAUAAACUUUGAUCAAUCUGUGAUCUGUCUACGUCAAUUUAAAGUAAAUAGAAAAGAUUUCAUAAUCUUUUUCCAGGCACCAUAUUCUUCAACUAGAAUUGCGCGCUCGCAUAAGUCGCAUACGCCGAAAGGGAGCUA